AUGGCAAAAUCGUCUACCACCUCUCCUCCACCGACGACUAAAAGCUGGGCCGAUCAAGCAGACGAAGAAACCAUCCCAUCCCCAAGCUCCAUCGCCGAAACACCUACCCUCAACGUCGAUGGAUUAACCAUCGACAAAGACAAGAAGUCUUCCGCUAAGUUCUUAGACGAUCCCGAUGACUCCAACAUCCAAGCGGUUACUUCCGGCGACACUCCUUACACGUCGGCGGCGACAUUCGAAGAGUUGUCUUUAUCGGCGGAGCUUCUGAAGGGACUAUAUGUAGAGAUGAAGUUUCAAAAGCCUAGCAAAAUUCAAGCAGUGAGCUUGCCGAUGAUCCUCAAUCCUCCUAAUAGGGAUUUAAUCGCUCAAGCACAUAAUGGUUCAGGGAAAACCACUUGUUUUGUUCUUGGGAUGCUUAGUCGUGUUGAUCCGACUUUGCAAGCUCCUCAAGCUCUUUGCAUUUGUCCCACUAGAGAGUUAGCUAUUCAUAACAUUGAAGUUCUCCGGAAGAUGGGGAAGUACACAGGGAUUAGCUCAGAAUGUGCAGUUCUUAUGGACAGAAGGGAUUCGAUUCCAAUUUCCAAAAGGUCGCCUAUUAUGGCUCAGAUUGUUAUUGGUACUCCAGGCACUGUUCAAAAUAAACAUCAUAGUUCAAAGGGUAAUAUCAGGAUAGCAAUUAUCCUUGCUUCUGUGGGUGCUGCUGUGAUGAUUGCUUUUGUUUUAUUGACUUAUCAUCGAACACAAGCAAAAGAAUUUCACGGGAGAAGUGAGUUUGGUGGUCAAACUACUGGAGGACUUUCAAGGGCUUCUCUCUUCAAGUUCCAUUCAAAUUCUCUUCCUCCAUCAUCUUCGGCAAGUUUCGGGAAUCUUAUACCGUGA